AUGGAAUUUGAGCCAUACUCUCAACAACAUUUUGGGAUGAAUGGCUAUCCUGGCCCAGGCAUGCACAAUAUGUCGAGUAUGGUAGCUGCACUACCUGAUUAUCAGACGCGGUAUUACCAGCAGCAACCUUUCCCUCAACAUUUCCAAUCCCCAGGGACGACUAAUCAGUCUCUGAUGUAUCAAUAUCAACAAAGCACACAAUUUGCUGGACAGGCUGCUCCAAAUUAUAGUCAUCCUUACAGUCCACAAUUUCCCAAUCAAUAUGUUCAGAGUCAUCCGCAACGGCAGCAUCAGCAGCAACAGCAGCAUGCUAUUUAUCCUCAAUUCGUGGGCGGCCCGACCGGUCCCAACAACGCGCGGCAUUUACAAAACCAAAGUUUUAUGCUUCAACAACCAUUAAUUCACAAUUCCAAUGGUCCCAUGCAGCAACAUCAAUUGCAAGCUACUCAAUUCACGCGACAAGCGAAUGCUGUGUAUGCAGACUCGUAUGAUUCUAGAAUGGUCGGCGGAUAUCCCUUGCCACAGUUGCGACUUGACAUUCGCCGAUCAAGCUCAAACUCAUCUUUGCAGAAAUCGGUCCUGAGAGGUCCUCCACGGAAGCCAAAGCAAUCUGGUCAUGCACUAUGGGUUGGCAAUCUUCCACCUGCUACCCACAUCAUAGAUCUCAAGGACCAUUUCUCUCGGGACGCGACAGAUUCGAUCGAAAGCGUCUUUCUGAUUUCAAAGAGCAACUGUGCCUUUGUCAAUUACAAAACAGAAACAAGCUGUGCAACGGCUAUGUCUCGCUUUCACGAUUCUCGCUUCCAAGGAGUUAGGCUGGUCUGCAGGCUGCGUCGAGGAAGUAUAUCGACGAGCGCGCCACAAACCGUCGCAAAAAAUGCACAUGAAUCAGCAGGAGAGAGCGAUACUUCGCCCACUGCAGAGGACGGCGCUCUUACAGAUGGAGAGGCCAAAGUUGGGUCUGACACAGAAGCAGAGGUCGUCGAGAAAGUGAAAGAGAAGUUUUUCGUCGUCAAGAGCUUGACUGUUGACGAUUUGGAGCGAAGCGUCCAUAGCGGCGUUUGGGCAACGCAAGCUCACAAUGAGACUGCGCUAAACAAAGCAUUCCAAGCCGCUGAAAAUGUAUAUCUGAUCUUUUCUGCAAACAAAUCAGGCGAAUAUUUUGGAUACGCCAGGAUGGAAUCUACUAUUGAUGGCGAUACGGUUGCAGAUCUUGAAUACCAGCCAAGUCCCGAAGCUCCACCUCCGACGGCCGCAGACCUCCCUCUAACGAUCCUAACCCCGGCGACUUCCACGGCGCCUAGAGGGCGCAUUAUAGAUGACUCUGCCAGAGGCACAAUCUUUUGGGAAGCGGGGUCUGAGAAUAAGAUCCAAGAAGACCAAGCUGCAGAGGAUGAAGCAGUAGAUUUGUCUGCAGAAGGUGAAGAUUUCUCAAAUCCAAGCCCUGGGACACCGCAAACAUUCGGAAAUCCAUUUAAGAUCAAGUGGAUCUCAACCGAUCGACUUCCUUUCUACCGAACAAGAGGAUUGCGCAACCCUUGGAACGCCAAUCGAGAGGUGAAGAUAGCUCGAGAUGGCACCGAGAUCGAACCCAACAUUGGACGUAGACUUGUUAGCUUGUUCCAUCGUCCUCAAAUGCCCGCAGCAAGCUCUAAUGCUCCCCGACAACCACCACCGUCACAAGGAGGAAUGAGCCCGUUCAUGAAUCCGCACGCCGCUGCGCCAGGUGGUAUGUAUGGGAGGAGCUACUAA